AUGCAAGCAGAACAUAGUAAUGGAAGUAAUGGUGCAGGUGGGACUGUCGCAGGUACAGGUGGAGCUGCUGCGACAGCUUCUUGUUUGUCACCUACACAGACGUCAGAGGUAGAUCCUCAACCUACAAUGGAGAACAUAUCACAGGCUUUAGUGGCACUAUAUAAAUCAACUGAUGAGAAGAUGAGAAACUAUGCUCAGACAUGGCUAAUGCAAGUUCAACGACUACCUGUCGCAUGGGAGUUCUGUCCCAAACUCAUACUUGAGUCGAAUGUUGUUGAGUUACAAUACUUUGGAGCAUCAACUUUGGAGAAUAAGUUAAAGAGUGAAUGGUCACAUCUACCUGAUGAUAUGAAGAAGCGUGUGUUGGCUAUUGUGGUUGGAGUCGUGUCGGAGAGUGGAGCAAAGUUGACGGGCAUCGUAGCAAAGAGGAUGUGUGUCGUGUUGAGUAUCACUGCGAUGCAUACUUAUGGCACGGCGUUGUGGAGCUCGCCCAUCGAGAACAUCAUUCAGAUGUGCAGCCCAUCGAUCGAGCACCCGUUGGCCAACAUGCGCGUCGAGAUGCUGCCCUUUGUACUCGAGUUUCUGUCGAUCCUGCCCGAAGAGCUGUGCAGCUACGUGCUGCCGUGCAACCAGUUCAAAGCGCUCAAAGGCAGCAUUGCUUCAUUCAUCGACCACAUCUACCGCUAUCUGUUGGAGAUCGCGGCCAACCAUCAGCAUCUGCCGCUGGCCGAGCACAAGCUGCAGAUACAUGUACCAAAGAUGGUGAUUCGCGCACAGGGCCUCUGGCAGCGAUUCAUGCUGCCCACGUCGGCGUCGCUCCUCCUCGACACUUUCAACAUGGCAUUGGCAAUGACGAUUGCCGACCCAUCACUGCUUGAAUCACUGACGCGACUGGUUGAGAACUCGCUCGGCCACCUGAGCUCGAAGCUCAGGGACGACAUUGAGGCCGCGUACUCUGCCAUUGCCGAUCGACUGCAAUGUGUGAUGCCAGAGUUCUACGCCAAGGCCAUCAAGGAGGACGACUCCAACAGCGCCAAGGCCAUCUGCAACUGUCUGGUACAAGUGAUGUUGGCGAACAACUCGACUCUGUUGACGCCCCCACUCAUCAAGCGCUACUUUGAAUUGUUGAUCAGCAUCAUAUCACUGGGCAACCUGGAGGUGUGCGAUCUGCUCUUCCCCCUGCUCGACGACUUUAAGUCGCACCCAGAGUACCUCAUGCUGGAGCCUGCGCUGCUCGAGUCCAUCUUUUUGAGCAUAAUGAAGCGAUUCCGACAGAUAUCAAUGUACCCAUGCAAGAAGCGCGGCCAUGCCGACAUCUGCCAGAUACACCAGUUCAGGAGCAACUCGAUCGAGAUGCUUGCCAGCAUACAGCAGUUUGCUCUGUCUCGCGACAGCACUUACUUUAUCAAACAUCUGAUCGAGCAGUUGAAGAACGACCUGCAAAACAACGAGCUGGAGUGGCAGCACUAUGAGGUGACGCUGUCGUACAUCUCCACGCUGUCCGAGGGCAUGAGCAGCAGCGACAGCACGCAGAUGGUGCCCAUUCUUCUGCACCUCAUCCCGACUAUCCCGGUCAAGUCACUCGAGUUGUUCAAGACAUCGAUCAAGCUCAUUGGCAAGUUCUCCAACUAUCUGCACAUGGACAAGAGCGCUCUCGAGAAGGUGAUCGCCGAUCUCAUAUCGGCGCUGGCGUCGAUGGAGCUGUUACCCGCCGCCGCGCAGUCAUUGCUCAACAUUGCAAUCAAUCGCAAGUGUCAGCUCAAGCUGGCGCCAAUCAUUAAGGCCAUCCUGGACAUGAGCACUCCACACUUGAUGGCUCAUCAAUCACAUCCAGCCAUUGUCACAGUCUAUCAAGCUUUGAUCUAUAUCAUUCAUGUAAUACCUGAUGCCGAUUCAAUGAUGGUACCAUUCCAACAACUUUUGAAACCAAUCAUUGAGAAUGUAAACAAGACAAUUAAUACUCCUGGUAGUUCACUCCCAUUGUUAAAGAUACAGUUACAGAUUUAUGAAAAGAUCACAGGUAUCAUUGAUGUCGAUGACAUUAAUGAUGACAUCCAGAAGCAUCCACUGUUCCCCUUCUUCCACACGAUCAUACCCCAGCUGAAAGAGCUGCUAAAGCUCUACCCAUCAGAGUGCGAGGUGAUUGAAUCCAUCGCCAGCAUAUACCGUGGCGCCUUGCUCUACUGUAGGAGUGCAGUGUCUGACUUUGUCAAUGAGAUUCUGGGCCAGGCCACUGAAGCCUACACCAAGUAUCCCCAGCCACAGCUGCUUCAGGUGGUCUCUGCCGUCAACACUGGUAGCAAGCCCACACCAGACGUCGAGAUCAAACUGCGAGAUGCAAUUGGAGUGAUCUCUGCCACCACCAUCACUCUACUCAAGAAUGAGACAGCAUGUCUCCCACCCCUCAAAGACUAUCCCAUUGAGCCACAAUAUCAUCUCAACUUCUCCAUUCGAUCAGAUAUCACCAAGGACUAUUUCCAUCUCAUCCAGAAUUCACUUAAAUCUACACCCAACUGUGUAGACCCGAAUAUCAUCACAGCACUGUCAACAUAUAUUAUACAUAACAUAUUGGAUGUAAAUGAUGUUACUACCAGCAGACAUUGUCUCUCACUGCUGUCAUCCAUAUUAUUACUCAAGAAUGGCAACAUGGACAACAACAACCUCCAACAACAACUACAACAACAACAACAACAACAACAAUCAAAUCCAUUCGAAGAAGCAGUUGCAACAGUGAUCAAGAAUCAUGGAAAACAAUUGAUUGGCAAUCUUUUGGUUGGCCUGUCAACGGUGUUCCCAGCGAGUAUUAUUCCAAACGUUGCUGAGCUGCUCCAAGCAUAUGGUACUGCAUUCCCAACAGUGUUCCGUAAGGAGGCCGCAGGUAUUCUGAUCAACUCGACAUUUUUGGAAGGUGUUGUCGAUCACAAUGACAAGCAGGUCUUCCUCAGCCAGAUCCAACACGUCAACGAGAACAAGGUCGACUAUCGAUUCUACGUCCAAGCAUUCUCCAAACUCUGUCGUGGCACUCAAGGUUAA